AUGGCAAAGUUCACUGCAUUUGAUGACCACUGUGAUGCGUCCGCUGUGCUGUCGUUGCUCAAUCGUGUUCCAGUUUUCUCCGUAGCUAUACAGGCUGCGGCCGAUAAAGUCAGAGUGGCACGAAAUGACUGGGCACAUUGCGUCUUCAGUAAGUGGGAUGUGGCCAAGUUUCAUCAAACUUUCGUUGAAAUGGAACAACUUGUAAAAGAGUUGAAGCUACCUGCUGCAGAUGACGGAAAACUUCGAACAGAAUUAAAAGACUGGGAAAGCAGAGGUAUUAAGGAUGUUAUAAAUGUGUUUGCUUCGUUACAAAUCGUCAUCGAAUUACACUUAUCCUCUAAUUUGAUCUUACAAUUCAUUUAUAUUACUCUGAUUAAGAUGUUUCGAAAUCAACGUUACUUCAUUGACUAGUGAUUUAACGUCACCUUUCAUAGUGUGGUUCACGGUCGAUUAAGAAGUCAGCAAUUUUUGUGACUGAAUGAAGGGGUAAGCUUUUAAAGAAACUGGUACUGUGUUGGUGGGGGGUGUCACAAGGUAACUAGGUUUUACUUAGCAACUUAGCUGAUAGAAUCAAAUUUUAUAAGUGUUGUUUAAUUCUCAUUUCCUUAGGUACACAUAUAUGCAUGAAUUCUCCUGUGGAUCCAGUAUUGCUCCAACUGCUUCAACAAAAGUUUAACUCUCUUCAAGAUGACGUAAAGAAAAUGUCUGAAGGCUGCAGAGAAGAAAAGAACAAAGUCCAAGAUGCCCUUCACAAUUUUGCCAGUGAUAUCGAAGAUUGGAAACAAAGGGUUGAAGAAUUAGAGAGUGGCCAACAGAACACGGCACGCCAAGCGGAGUUGACGGAAAGCAGAGUUGAUAAUCUUGAAGACAGGAUUGGUGUUGUUGAAGCAAAACUCGAAGGUAAUUAUAUGACGUCACUCUCAAGCUAAAAUAUUACAUCGUAUACUCUUAAUCGGCCAAUAUUUCAAGAAAACUAAAGAAUAUCCAUUAUGUAAUAUGGUGGAAUUUUCCUCCAAGGGAUAAUUUUAAAAGAAACAACAAGAAAGGUAACUGGAUGUUAUGUUAAAUGAGAAAGUGUAUAGAAAUAUUAAGGCCGGUGAGAGGAAACGAAAGCAGUAAAACAAGAGGACGACAGUUUGUGCUUCAACGUAUUUCAUAAAGGGCUGGAAAAAAUUUUAAAGAGUCUUUUUCUGUUUUCCACAGAGGUUCUAACCUCACUCCGCGAGCCUCACCUUCCGGAGGAAGGCAAACACUUCAUUGGUCGAAAAGCAGAAUGUGAAGAGAUCAUCAAUAACUUGACUUCGGUAUCGGCAGGAAUUGUUGGGAUCUACGGUCCUCCUGGAUUUGGAAAAUCUCAGGUUGCAAUAGCAGUCGGAAAUGAGCUCAAGCGCCAAGAAAAGAGCGUUUAUCACUUUGAGCUAAGUAAAAUUAGAACAUGUGACGAACUAUUGUCAAAGUUUCUGUACUAUAUCCAUCUAUCGCCUCACGAUAGUUUUUUUACUCAGCAUUUAAAGCCAAUUGAUCUGUUUUGUAGAACAAUUGAAAAUGUUAGCGACAAUUUGUACUUUAUCCUUGACGAUAUGGAUAAUUUACUUCAACCGAAUGUUCGGGAUGAUGUUGCUGGUCUAUUGAAGGAAAUUCUCACAAAAUGUCCUAAAAUGACGUUCAUUGUCACUUCUCGAGAAUCUCUCACUCUCCAUUUGGAAUUCUUUCAUCCAGAAGUUUUCAGAGUGGGUUCGCUCAAUAAAAUUCAUUCACAAGAAUUAGUCAAAAAAUUGAUCCCCAAAGCUACCGACUACCAAAGUAAGAAAAUAUCGGAUUUAUGUGAAAAUAUGCCAUUUGCCAUCCUGCUUUUGUGCAAAUCUAUUCUCAAAAGUGACAGGCUUUUGAAAAGUGCCAUCACUGAUUUUAAAAGAUCGAUCGAGAGUGGUUUAGAAAGCUUGCAUAAACCAGAGGAUGUCAGAAACUCGAGACUGAUGGGAAUCUUCGAAUCCUCCUUCCAAAGACUCACUCUGCAAAGUGACAAAGAUGCCAUCGUGGCCUUGUCUACCAUUCCUCAGAGCUUUGACGAGAACCUUGCCGCAGCCGUCUUGGGGUUGGACGAGUCCAAAACCAGCAAUGUUCUAAAAAGGCUUCACCGUAGAUCACUCCUCGAAAGAAACUGUGGCUUAUUUAAAAUGAAUAAACUUCUUGCAUCAUUUGCAAGGGCUAAAGGAGAACUGAAAGAAAUGAAUGCACUGUUUCUUGACGCCAAAACUCGAUUUUGUAAUCAUAAUAUUUCCUUACUCGGUAAGCUAAGCGACGAUUUUCUUUCUGAAAAUGCUGAGUCCAAGUCAGCUGCACAUGAGAUUUUCUAUAAAGAGAAGCAGAAUAUCGUGUCAAGUUUGACCGACGGCUGCUCCUUGAACGACAAUACAAGAAACCAGGCUUUUGAUGUGUUAUCAAAAGUUGAGCUGUUUCUGGACACAAUUUUAUGGAGAGAUAGUGCUACUUUUAACAAGAUCUAUGACCAGGCAAUGGCGGAAGCAGAGGAGUGUGGAGACAGGGCGGCUUUUAACCGGAUGGUAGUUGCGAAGGCGUUCAGUGAAGUAACUUGGAACUCAACAGAAGCAAAGACAAUGCAGCUGCUACCAAGCCUAUUAAAAGAGACGCAGCUGUCCAACUUUUCAGACGUAGAAAGAGGAAAGUGCGCCUGUUAUUUUGGAAUUUAUCGGCUCGUAAAUGGUAACAUCGAGAGAGGUAUCGAACUUCUAGAGUUCUCAUUGUCCAAGUGGAAGGGUACCACAGAUCCACUGCUGAAGAUUCUAGAAGUUCUUAGUUCCCAGAUCUUGUCUCUGAUUUAUGAAAGCACGAACGACAUUAAAAGGGCCGUGGACUUUUACCAAAAUGCUGAAGAGCAGUGCAAAAAUGUGGGAGGCCGAAGUCUUUUGUUUGUCCCUGAAAUAAUGGCUAAGUACAAGAGUACUUCCCAGGAGAAAAUGCGGAAAGACGACAACCAUUCCCGCAGUCAGCCUCUUGAAAUUAUGAUAUAUUUAAUCAUCGUUAAAGCAACCAAAACUUUCGUUUCUACCAGUAAAAUAGAACAGUUUCAGACCAAUAUUCAUCGAUUACUUGAACAAGAGAGUGUCGAAGACACGUCUUCAGGUUACAAAAUAAGUAUGAUGUAUUUUCAUCAGUUUGUUGUGGAAAUACUAGCUCACAUGGGUAAUUGCCAAGAAGCAAAAAAAAUUGUUCAAAUAGAGAUCGCCCGUAUGGAAGAAGUCCAGAAAAGAAUAUCAGAUCAAGAUUCUUCACACCAGGAAUAUAAGGAUGUCACUGAAGCAUUAGCAAAAAGCUAUUCCAUCCUUGCUGUAUUUCAAUUCCGUGAAAGUGAAUAUGAAGAUAGUCUUCAAUCCUACCAUCGCGCACUCGAACUUACUCUAAAAAUAUUUGACAGAAACCAUGGAAAUGCAGCUGCCAUUUACCACGAGUUAGGUGUCGUUCUGAGAACCUUGAAGAAUUACAGUCAAGCCCUUGAAUAUCAACAGCAGGCCCUUGAUGCUCAUAUCAGUUCUGAUGCUAAUUCCUCCAAGACAGCUAACAGCUAUCAUGAGCUGGGUGUGACACAGUGUUACAUUGGCGAGUAUUCAGCUGCUCUAGAGUCCCAUCAAAGAGCACUUCAUAUCAGAUUGAAGAAUCAUGGAGACCAUCAUAGGGAUACUGGUAGAAGCUACUAUGAAUUGGGAAUCACGCAGUGGUACUUGGAAAAGUACGAAGAUGCCCUCUCCUCUCACAAGGACGCAAACAGGAUUUCGAUCGAAGUAUUAGGAAAGCAAAAUAGAGAAACAGCAGACAGCUAUCACGAGCUCGGAAAGACGUACUUUUGCUUGAAAAAGUACCGUGAAGCGUCCCGAUCACACCAACACGCUUUACACAUAAGACAGAAACUGCUCGGCGACGAACAUGUCGACACUGCUAACAGUUACUAUGAACUUGGAGUCUCGCAUUUUAAACUGAAUCAGUAUGACCUGGCACAUAAAAAUCACCAACGCGCCUUAAACAUACGGCAAGGACAAGCCAGAGACGAAGAAAUUGCGAGAAGUUACCAUUAUCUAGGACGUGUGCAGUACAAGGAAUUAGAGUAUAGUCAAGCCAUCCAGUCACACAAGAAUGCAGUCCUCCUCAGAAAACGCGUGUUUGGAGAAAAUCAUCCAGAAACAGCGGAGAGUUAUUAUGAAUGGGGAAAAACUUCUUUUCACGAGGAAGACCUCGCUAAGGCUUUGGCGCUACUAGAGCGUUCCCUUGCCAUCAGCGAGUCGGAAAUGGGUAAGGAUCAUGAAAAAACAGGAGAUCAUUUGUACCAGCUAGGUCUUGUGCAGUGGAAAAUCCAACGCCUGGAAGAAUCUCUCAGUACGCAUCAACGCGCACUUGACAUAAGACUUAAGCACUUAGGUCGGUAUCACAACAAAACAGCCAAGAGUCUCUACCAACUAGGAUUGAUAUACAACAGUCUGGGCCGUUUUAACCGUGCUGCUAAUUCACAUGUACAAGCACGAAGAAUUAGAAAUGAGACAUUGGACAAUUUACAUACAGAAACUGCGAGAAGUUACCUUGAAGAAGGUGCCAGUCACUUCAAGAGGGGGGACUAUCACUCUGCUCAAGAGGCACUACAGUUUGUUGUUAACAUAACGAUAGAGUUACUGACCAACGAUAUAAAAGAGUUGGCUGGCUUGCCCCAUGACAAGCAAGUGAAGAAUUUGCUUAAGAUAGAUCACCAAUCAGGUUUACGUUUCUACCAAAGAGUGUCAAGAAUGCACCAGAAGCGCCUGGCACAUCUUCAAUCAAACAAUCAUUCACUUGAAGGGAAAUUGCAAGAGCUAAAAAACACUCUUGCCAAUAUCGCCGGCAUUUGCAAUAACGUGGGAAUAGAAGAAUACCUGACGGUGAGUGUGAACGAUUCCACAAAAGCCCUGAAUUUAUUCAAAAGAGCACUGGACAUUGGACUUCAGUUGUUUGGGGAUAACCACUCAGUUACUGCCGUUAGCUAUUUUAACAUUGGACGCGUAGAGGGUGAUAUGGGAAGGUUUUCGCACGCGCUUGAAGCACAUCAACGAGCAUUGUACAUCAGACUUAAGGUAUUUGGAGAAACCCACCAAAAAACAGCUGAUAGCUACGAAGAUCUAGGAUAUGUUCAGCUAAGAAUGAAUAACUUUACGUCCGCACUUGAAUCAUUUGAACGUACGCUGAGCAUAAGAUUAAAAUCAAAUGGAGAAAACCACGAAAGCACAGCCGCUAUUCAUAACAACAUCGGAACUGCAUUUGAAGGUGUAAAUGAUUUAAAGUCUGCGCUUGAAUCGUACCUGCGUGCACUGGACAUUUACGAGAAGUUGUAUGGAGAAAAUCACCCAAAGAAAGCUGACAUCCUCCACAACAUAGGCACCAUUCAUCUGAAAACGAAAAACUUUACGUCCGCCCUUGAACUAUUCCAAUAUUCACUGAACGCAAAAUUAGAAUUUUUUGAAGAAAGCCAUCCAGAUACAGCCAAAAUCUAUUAUAACAUUGGAAACGCACAAAAGGAAUUACAGAAUCUAGUGUCUGCGCUCGAAUCACAUCAGCGUGCACUGAACAUAAGACUCGUGUGCUAUGGAGAAAAUCACCCAGAAACAGCCGACAGCUACGACACAGUAGGAUGCGUUCAACUUGGUAUGAAAGACUUUUCGUCUGCACUUGAAUCACACCAGCGUGCACUGGACAUAAGACUAAUGCUCUUUGGAGAAAAUCACCCAAAAACAGCCGACAGCUACGACGCAGUAGGAUGCGUUCAACUUGGUAUGAAAGACUUUUCGUCUGCACUUGAAUCACACCAGCGUGCACUGGACAUUAGACUAAUGCUCUUUGGAGAAAAUCACCCAAAAACAGCCGACAGCUACGACGCAGUAGGAUGCGUUCAACUUGGUAUGAAAGACUUUUCGUCUGCACUUGAAUCACACCAGCGUGCACUGGACAUUAGACUAAUGCUCUUUGGAGAAAAUCACCCAAAAACAGCCGACAGCUACAACAAAAUAGGAUGCGUUCAACUAAGUAUGGAAAACUUUACGUCUGCGUUUGAAUCACAUUAG